AUGACGCCGUCGGGGUCUAUAGAAGCUGGCCGCGAGUAUCAAGUGAUGUGCCAGGUCUCCGGCGCUCGCCCCCCGCCAGUUAUCACCUGGUGGAACAACGCAAGCCGCGUCCUGCAACGCGCCGUCGAAACCACGUCAUCUAACGGCAACGUCACGACCAGCACGCUCAUGUUCACGGCAGAGUCUGGCGACGACGGAGCGCUGCUCUCAUGCGUCGCUGAGAGCUUCGCCACGGCGACGUCUGUCAACGCAUCGUGGCUCCUGAGCGUCCUGUACAUUCCAAAAGCCCACGCCAGGUUCGGCGCGUCUCUGGAUGCCAAAAACAUCAAAGAAGACGACGACGUUUACUUCGAGUGCAUCAUCGAUGCUAACCCGCGAGUCUCCAGAGUUUCGUGGCGACAUGACAAUGAAGUGUUAUGGCACAACAUCAGCGGUGGGGUGAUCGUGAGCAACCAGAGUUUGGUGCUUCAGAAAGUUGGUCGUAGACAAGCGGGAUCAUACACAUGCCACGCCUAUAACAGAGUCGGGGAUGGCAUGUCCAAUGCGCUGCGGCUUGAU